AUGGUGCACCCCGCCACAGCUCCGAAAGGUGCCCCUCAGGCCUUCGACUUCAUUGUCGUCGGAGGUGGUACUGCUGGUUGCGUUGUUGCUGGCCGUUUGGCCGAGAACCCUAAGGUUUCGGUGCUCGUGAUCGAGGCUGGGAUCAACAACACCAACGAAAUCCCCGAGAUUUCCACUCCGGCCCGUGCGUUUGAGCUGCGAGGCAGUCAAUACGACUGGGGGUACAAGACCACUAUGAUCAACCGACCGGACUACACACGAGUUGAGAAGCCCAACACUCGUGGUAAGAUGCUCGGCGGUAGCAGUGGUGGUAACUACUACACCUGGGUCCGUGGUAGUGCGGCCACAUUCGACGACUGGGCCGAAUAUGGAACGGAUGAAUGGAACUGGGAGAACACCGAGGAAUACUUCAACAAAUCCACCACAUUCCAUGACGACAACAAACUCUACCCAGCCGACCUUGCAAAGAUCGGCAACCGCGGCGGACCCCUUCAUAUCUCGCAUUCGGACUUAAUUCCAGAGUUGCAGCCUUUCCGUGACGCUCUUGAGAAGGCCUGGGUAAGCAAAGGCCAGGAGCUGACCACCGAUGUCUACAGCGGCGUCCAGAAGGGUCUAUUCAGGUGCGUCAACAGCAUCUACAAGGGUAAACGAUCCACGGCGGCCGUCUUCAUCGAGGGAAAGGAAAAUGUGACACUCAUGUCCUCGACGAUCUCCAAGAAGAUUGUCUUUGAAGGCAACAAGGCUGUAGGUGUCACUGUCAUCGGCCCCGACGGCCAAGACUACACCUUCCGCGCCAAGUACGAAGUCAUCGUCUCUCAGGGCGUGUUUGAGACCCCCAAGCUCCUUAUGCUUUCCGGAAUCGGCCCCAAGGAACACCUUGAAUCCAAGGGCAUCAAGACCCUCGUCGACUCGGAGCACGUGGGCCAGAACCUCUUGGACCACCCGAUCUUGUCCCAUGUCUUCAAGAUCAAAGACGGCUAUGGCCUUGACAGCCAUCUCCUGCGCGCCGGUCCUCAGAAGGACGGCGCCAUCGCCGCCUACAGGAAGAACCGCACCGGCCCGUAUAGCAGUGGUCUGCUCGAGCUGGUCGCCUUCCCUAGAGCUGACGAGUGGUUCGAGACAUCCAAGGAGUACCGUGAGUACAAGGCUAAGAACGGUGGCGUCGACCCCUUCGGGCCUGCUGGCCAGCCGCACUUUGAGGUCGACUUUGUGCCAAUGUUCUGUGACGCCUUCCAAUGGCACUUCCCCACGCCUCCUGAGGGUGACUACCUGACCGCCAUCGUGGACCUGAUGCGCCCUCUGUCGCGCAACGGCGAAGUCAAGCUCAACUCGACCGACCCGACCGAGCAGCCGUACGUCAACAUCAACUUCUUCUCGCACGACCUGGACCUGAUCGCGCUGCGUGAGGGCGUGCGCAUGAUCGACGACAUCGUCAUGAACGGCGAGGGCAUAAAGGAUCUCAUCGAAGGCGACUAUCCCUGGCCGAUGCCGCGCAACUCGGACGAGGCCAUGAUCCGCCAGAUCCUCGAGCGCUCUCAGACGGGCUUCCACCCGUGCGGCACCGCCCGGCUGGGCAAGGACAUCAAGCAGGGCGUCGUCAACCCAAAGCUGCAGGUCUACGGCGCGUCCAACCUGCGUGUCAUCGACGCCUCCGUCUUCCCCGUCAUUCCCGACUGCAGGAUCCAGAACGACGUCUACAUGGUCGCGGAGAAGGGCGCUGAUCUGAUCAAGGCUGACUAUCCCAGCCUCUUCAAAUGA